AUGGGCGGCAAACACCUUUUCGUGCUAGUGCACGGUUUGUGGGGUAAUUACAAGCACAUGAACUCUAUUCGCGAUGUGUUUUCGGAAACACUCCAUGGGAGUGACGAUAUCCUGUUUUUCUCCCCGCGACAGAACGGCUACUUCAAGACUUUUGAUGGCAUUGAGAUAAUAGGUUACCGUACUCUGUUGGAAAUCUGUCAGUAUAUGAACCGGUUUGAAAAGGGUGAAAUUACGAAAAUCAGCUUCGUUGGGUACUCUAUGGGUGGGCUCAUCUCGCGGUUUAUAAUAGGCAAGAUCUUUACAGAGUGCCAUGAACUGUUCCAAAAUAUUGAGCCACAGCUUUUUAUUACAUUCGCCACACCGCACUUGGGCGUCCACUUUUUCUUGAGAGACAAUCACGCUGGACACCAGCGGGCAGCUCUCAAACUCCUUUCCGCACUUGGAACCACAAUCCUGGGUCGGACCGGUAGACAGCUGUUUAUUCAGGAUAGUCUACCUGAAAAGUCGGUUCUAGUGCGGCUCAGCAGCGGUGAUUACCUGGAAGGGUUAGCGCGGUUCAAGCAUCGCAUAUGCGUUGCCAAUGUGAAGAACGACAGAUCCGUGGCCUUUUACACGUCCUUCAUCACAGACUGCGAUCCAUUUAUGGACACAGGAAACCGCAUCAAGUACGAAUUCGAGCACAAUUUGCCCGGAGAAAACUUGAAGAUGGUCCCCCGUAUCAUUAACAUGGAUAAACUUGAUCCAGAUGCCUCCCGGCCUCCACGCGAAGGCUUUCAAGUUUUACGCUGGAUUCUGGUCCUUCUUAUUUGCUGCGCCCUUGUAUUUAUCCUGCCUUUGUUUUUUGUUGCCAACGUGUUAGGUACAUGUUACAGCUACCUGGCCACUAUCAAUUACCAGAGGAUGUUGCAUAAGGGUGAAGGCGGUGUGUUAUUGCGCCGCAAAUUGGGUUUGCGAGAUAAAAUCGCGGACACUUUGCGCGAUACUGUUGGCGUACUGGCAAGUGAUCAAGAAGAAAGUCUUGACGCUGACAGUGGUGAACCAAUGGUCAAGGAAAAUAUCUCAUGGGAGGAUUUUAUCAACAAAUAUAACUGCAGUUGGGGUUCAAACUCCAAAACAAAGUUCAAAGCCUUGAAUUUUGAUGUGCAGAGGAACAGCAUCUAUCAAAACCUGGACAAGCUUUCCUGGAUACGUAUACCGAUCUACAUUAAGUCGCUGAAUGCGCAUGAUGGGAUUGUAGCCAGAAAAGGCUUGAAAGGGACAACUCCAUAUAGCAUUUCCGGCCUUCAGUUCGUCGCACAGCUUGUGGAUUUCUUAAUUUCCCAGUAG